AUGAAGUCUUUUAGUUGUGUCCUUCUCAUACUAGGUCUUGUGUUCACAAGUCAAGCGGUAAGAUGCACUUCAUCUUCGGGUACUGAGGCAUCCUCAAGCAGUUCAGGACCUCAAAGCGUCUCUCAAAGUGGUACAGGAGGGGAUACUCCAGGUAAACCCAGUACAGAUUCUAGCUCCGAUCAAAAUAAGGUUACAGAAGUAAGUGCACAGGCAUCCCCGAAUCAGCCAGGAAGUCAAGCGACUAUUCAAACAACACCAAGUCCUGUGGUUCAACCAGUAACUACUCCUGAUUCCUCCGUAUCAGGUAGCAAUGUCAUUGCUGGCGCUCCAGCUGCACCAUCACCAGAGCCCACUGCAGAAGUUCCCUCAGAUGCAACUUCCACAACAAUUGAGACUACACAACCAAGUGUCACAAACCCGUUUGCAGUAAAAUCAGCAUUAUUAAAAGAUCAUAAUGGGUUGAAAAUUACGGGGCCUUGUAAGUCAAAUUUUCAAGUAUACCUCGUGCCAUACUUAUACAUUAAUGUUAAUGCAUUGGAAAGUGAAAUAGAAAUGGAACCUACAUUCAUGAAAGUGGAUGAAAAGAUCAAGUUUGAGAAAGAUAAAAAAAAUAUUCAUAACAAAUGUGGUGAAAAUAAAACAUUUAAGCUGGUUAUAUUCAUUUAUGACGGGGUACUAACCAUUAAGUGGAAAGUGUAUCCUCCAAAAAGUGAGGGAGAUACUGAUAAGACAUUGGACAUAAGAAAAUACAAAAUGAGAGACAGUGGAAUGCCAAUAACAUCAAUGCAGGUUCAAGUGGUGACUAAGCAAAACGAAACAUUAUAUGUCGAAAGCAAGAACUAUUCCGUGAAGAAUGACAUUCCAGAAAAAUGCGAUGCUUUAGCUAAUGAUUGUUUUUUGAGCGGUAUUUUGGAUGUCCAAAAGUGUUAUCAUUGCACUUUAUUGAUGCAAGAAAAGCAAAAGGCAGAGGAAUGUUUCAAAUACAUUUCUCCAGAAAUCAGAAAUCGAUUCGAUGAAAUAAAAACAACAGGACAAGACGAAGACGAAGCGGAUAAGGUUGAACUUGAAGAAACAAUUGAUAAUAUUUUGAAAAAUAUUUACAAGAAUGAAGAUGGAGAAAAUAAGUUGAAAAAUAAUUUUGAUUUAGCAGAUAAUUCCUUAAAGCAAGAAUUAAUAAAAUACUGCAAAUUGUUGAAGCAAACAGAUACUAGUGGUGUACUUGACAACCACCAAAUGGCAAAUGAGGAAGAGGCAUUCACCAAUUUGACAAAUAUGAUAGAAAUAAGCAGUAACUACAAUAUAAAUGAUUUAAAAGGUAAGUUGAAGAAUGUGGCCAUAUGCAUGCAUAAUCCAGACGAAUGGGUGGCCAGCAAAAUUGGGCUAGAUUUUCCUAUCUUAUUAGAAAAAAAUUCAGAUAAUCUCACUAAUAUCAUAGAAAAUAAGUCAAUUCAAAAGGAUGAUAUGCAAGAAGGAGAAAAUGGAAUUAUGGACUUGACAACUCCCGAAACUGUAGAUGUGUCCCCUUUACAUAUUACAGACAAGAUCUUGUGCAAUGAUGAAUAUUGUGAUAGAACGAAGGAUACAAGUAGCUGUCUGCCCAAAAUUGAGGCAGAAGAUCAAGGAAUUUGUGCAACAUCAUGGAUAUUCGCAUCUAAGUUGCAUUUAGAAACUAUUAAGUGCAUGAAAGGGUAUGACCACGUUUCGGGUUCUGCUUUAUUUGUGGCUAACUGUUCACAAAAAGAGGGUGCUGCAAAAUGCCACGCUGCUUCCCACCCGCUUGAAUUUUUGAACACCGUUGUUGGAAAUCAGUUCUUACCAUCUUCAUCUGACAUGCCUUAUUCAUACAAACUGGUUGGCAAUGUCUGCCCCAAACCGAAGAAUCAUUGGACGAACCUGUGGAAUAAUAUCAAAUUGUUAAAUCAUGAGAAUGUUCCAAAUUCUGUAGGCACAAAGGGAUAUACCGCUUACCAAAGUGAGCAGUUCAAAAACAACAUGGUUGAAUUUAUGAAAAUAGUAAAAGGAGAAAUAAUGACAAAAGGUUCAGCCAUCGCGUAUGUGAAAGCAAAAGAUGUUUUAUAUUACAAUUUCAACGGAAAAGUGGUUCAUUCUAUUUGUGGUUCUGAAAAGCCAGAUCUUGCAGUGAAUAUAAUUGGAUAUGGAAACUACAUAAAUUCAGAAGGGCAGAAAAAAUCUUACUGGCUUGUACGAAACAGCUGGGGGAAGUACUGGGGUGACAAGGGAAACUUCAAAGUAGACAUGGACACACCAGACCAAUGCCAACACAAUUUCAUACAUACAGCAGCUGUGUUCAAUUUGGACAUACCUCAGAUUGAAAUUACUGAGAAUAAGGGACCAGAAAUACAGCAAUAUUAUAUGAAGAAUUCUCCCGACUUUUACAACAAUCUUUAUUAUAAGAAUUUUGACGCAUUGAAGGCUAAUAAUUCAAGUAACGGAAAUGGAUCCUACAACAAUUCUGUUAUUCAAGGUCAAUCUGAUGUAGAAGGAUCAUCAGAAAAAACAAGCUUAACAAAUUCAGCAAUAGAUUUAUUUUCAUCGAUUGUAUCAACGGCUGCGUCAGCCGCCUUGUCGACAGCAAAGGUAGCAGCGGAACUAGUGACAGGAGAACAAACAAGGGAACAAGUAGGUACUGCGACGGAAGGUACAGUAGCAGCAUCAGGGGGAGCGUCAGGAGGAUCUGGAAAUUCUGAAACAUCAGUAACACCAUCAAGAGGAGAAUCACCUGAAGGAGAUACAGGAUCACAAACAGUCCUGUCGACAGGAACAGGUCAAACUGCUCAGGAAACUACUGAUAGGAAUAUAGCAUCAGCAAGUGAUACAACAACAAGUAACUCACAAUCUACACAAGUAUCUGCCCCAGCAGCAAAAGCUCCACUGUCUUCGCUCAAGGGUACAAAAGGUGUAAACGUUGAAAGAAUAACUGGAGUACUCCAUUUUCUCAAAAAUGUGAAAAAUGGAAAAGUAAAAGGUAGUUUAGUUACUUAUGAUAAUGGAAAUGCUAUUGGUGAUGAGAAGGUUUGUUCUAGAGCCCAUUCCUCAGACGUUGACAAAAUUGAUGAGUGUAUUAAAUUUUGUGAAAAUAAUUGGAGCGCCUGCAAGGGUACUGUGUCACCUGGAUACUGCUUAGCUAAGAAGAAGGGAAAUAAUGACUGCUUCUUUUGCUUUGUGUAA